AUGGUCAAUUCUAUCGCUCGCCGUGAGAUCGAAUGGAUGAAUGCCUAUGCGGACCCACAGGAACCGAGCAAAACUCCAUGGCAGUACAGAAGCCCACAACAGAUGUCUCAGGAGGCUCAUGCAGCCCUGUUAGAGAAGUUUCUAGCCACAGUUUCAUGUAUUACUCCUAAGGAUCCAGAGCUUGCCUCUCCUAGACUUUGGCACCCAGACUUCCACGCUGGUAACGUCUACAUCGACGACCAAGCCCGGAUAUCAUGCAUCAUUGAUUGGCAGGGAGCCUGGGCUGGCCCGAUGUUUAUCAGUGCCAAUCCCCCAUUGCUUCUAGACUAUGGGAUCGAUAUGUUGAUGAAGCUCCCUGAGAACUUCAAAACACUCGACGAUGCUACGAAGGAUAAGCUCAGAUACCAGGUGUCACAGUCUAUCUUGAUUCACACGUAUGAAGAAACCACGGCGGAGAAGAACCCUCUGAUGUACAAGGUUAUGCGACAUCCCCACGGUCAGACCCUCAAGCAAUUAGAAGCUUUUGCUGGCUCUACCUGGGACAACUGCCUCUUUCCUUUUGAAGAAUGUUUGAUUCGCGCUGAAAGGGAGUGGGGUCACUUUGAUACGAACGAACCAUGUCCGUACCAUUUCUCAUCAGAGGAGAUACGGCAACACGACGAAGAGGCAGACUCUUUCAAUAAGAGCCAGGAAUUGUGGAAAAAGUUACAAGGUGUCUUGACUGAUGAAGGUUAUACGUCGAAGGAAAGUUAUAGUAAGGCUGUCAAUAUACUCAAAGAUUUGCGGGAAAUGGGGCUGGGCAACCUCAAGGGCGAGGAACGACGCGACUUCGACAAAGAGACGCGAUGGGUCGCAGAUCUGGAUGAACAUACAACCUAG